ACAUGCGCAGGGCUCAGAGCCCAGGGAGGCAGCACAGGAGCUCUGCUCUGCUCUGUUACUGAGCAACAAACAAAUCCAACCUGGCUCAGCAAGAAAGAAUUCAGCUCUUGUAAAAGGUGAUUCACCUGCACACAGGAGCCAGUGCCUGCUCUCCCAGCCCAGGCUGCAGAGUUCUUCAUGAAGCGAUUCCUGAUCGUCCUGGCUGGAGUUUCAGUGGUCGGCAUUGUGACUACAGAGAGACCAUCAUGUCUGAAACGUGCAGCAUUUUCUUCCACAAACUUUGAGAACAUCCUGACGUGGGAAACAGCAGCAGAAAUUCCCCCUGGCACCGUGUUUGAUGUCCAGUACAAACAGUAUGGAGAGAAAUCCUGGCUCAGCAAGCGUGAGUGCCAGAGCAUCACCCAGCUCUUCUGCAACCUCAGCAGGGAGACAGAGAACUUCAGGGAGCAUUUCUACGGGAGAGUGAGGGCCAGGGGCUGCUCCAACAGCUGGGUGCGCUCCGAGAGGUUCGAGCCCCGCAAAGAGACCAUUAUAGGGCCACCACAAGUGGAAUCCAUUCCCUAUGUACGCUCCAUAAAAUUCCUGAUCCGCCCUCCCCUCACCCCCCUGCAGGGUGAGGAUGGCCAGCAGCUCACUGUGGAGGACAUUUACAGCAAAUUUGGGGCUGUGGAUUAUCACCUGACAAUAUUCAACCAGAGGACACAGCAGCAGUGGACAAAGAAUGAGCACAGCAAAGAAUUUGAAGUUUCCAACUUGGACCCAGACACUGAAUACAAUGGGACAGUUUAUAUGUGCCUGCUGCAGAGAAGGAGCAAACCUCAAGUGUUUUGGGUCAGAACACUGGCAGACAAGACGUGGCUUCUCUACUGUCUGGUGGCCCUGGCGUUCUGUGCCGGGCUGGUUUUUGCUGCCAGUGCUUACGUGAUCUACAAAUACAUCAAACAGCGCCGUGCCCAGCCCAGGGCCUUGGACUUCAGAGGGAUUCCAUCAUUCCAGCCUCUCACGCUGACAGUGGAGCACAUCAUAAAACCCCUCAGCUUAUCCAAACCUUCCCUCUCCAUCCCUGAAGUGCAGCUGGCCCAGAUGAGCCAACAUCUGGACUGGGCCCUGGAGCCAGCAGUGCCCUCCUGUCCCUACCAGCAGCAGGCAGAUGUUCCAGCAUUGCAGGGGGACAUCCCAGCUCCCAGUGCUUACACCCCUCAGGGGGCUGGGCAGAGAAUUCCAGGCACAGGGAGCAGCCUGGCCCUGACCUAUGGGCUGUGUGUGCAGGGCUCAGAGCACGACAGGAGCUCACAGACAGAACAAGGAGUUCCUCCAGAUGGUUCUGUGGAUGGAAAGCUCCAAACCCAGGGGCUGGGGAAGAGCUGCAGCUGCUGGGACUACAAAGAGCAGCAGCCCCUGUGGAAGAGCAGGGACAGACUGGAGUCAGUGGUGAUCCAGGGGAGCCCUGGGCAGCCCCAGCUGCUGCUGCAGAGUGAGGGGCUGGGGAAUGCAGAGUGUGUGUCCCAGCUGUCCCUGUCUUUGCUGGAGCAGGGAGGAUGCUACAGACACCAGGCAGAGCUGCCCCUGCUGCUGUCUGCAGGGAAAGCCACCCCAGACUGUGCUCCAGAGCAGGAGCUGCUGCCACCUCUGUCUGCAGCCCUGCUUCUCUCAGUCCGGACUGGGAACGACCUCCCUGGAGAGAACCUGGGGCCGUGGGUGCUGCCAGAGCCAUUCCCACACGCUGCAGACAAAGUGCAGCUGCCAGAGACUGCAGCCAUGGCAAUGUUCCCAGCAGCAGAGGAGCUGGGCUGCACGGAGCUGAGCCAGGACACGGGCACUCCCCUCGCCAUGCUCUUCAAAGAUCUGGACUUGAAAGUGCAGUGGGAUGAGGAGGACAGCACAGAAUUUUAUUAG